AUGCAACAUUGGAAAGCUGGAAAGAAGAUUCUAAGGUACCUACAGAGAACAAAGGCUUAUAUGUUGAUUUACAAACGCACAGAGAAUUUAGAGCUCAUUGGUUAUGCUGAUGCAAAUCUUGGAAAAGUAGAGGAUGAUUACAUCUCUACUUCAGGUUUUCUUUUCAAGAUGGCAGGAGUAGCUGUUGAUUGGAAGAGUGCUAAACAAUCUGGUGUUUCGAGUUCAACCAUGUUUUCAGAAUACAUAGCCUGCUAUGAAGCCACUUCUCAUGCAGUAUGGCUUAGGAAUUUUAUUAAAGACAUUAAGAUGUCGUAUGGACUUCAACAUAUUGACAGAAAAUAUUUAAUAGUGAGGGAGAAGGUAGCGGACAAACUAGUCAGAUUUGAUCAUAUCAUAACUCAAGAUAUGAUUGCAGAUCCGUUCACAAAGUUUUUGCCUUCAGAAGCUUUUUUGAGACAUGUUGAGAGCAUGGGAUUAUUUCCUAGCUUUGAUGGUGCAAUCUAG